AUGAAGAUCCACACGCGAGAUGGCAUCAUGGACUUUCUUCUACGCACGGAGAGGUUUUUGAAGAGCAGCGAGCAGCUGGACGAGGACCAGAUCAAGUUCCGUUUAGAGAAAUUGGAGGUUAAAUGGAGCGAGUUCGAGGAGGUGCAGUCGGAGAUCGAAGGCUGCGAGGAAUAUGAGAGUAAUGUGGACGAACAUCGAAACGUAAGGGCUGACUUUGAGGAGAGAUACUUUGCGGCAAUUAAACUGCGGAAUGAAGUCCAAUCGCUAAUGGCUGCAGGCGGGUUCCAGUUAAGAAAGUGGUGCUCGAAUCGACGAGAAGUUUUGAAAGAUCUACCACCGGAGGUACUAGAGGAAACGGCUACGCUACACUUCGAGAUGGAGCAUAGAGUGAAGACGCUAGGGGUUACAUGGGAACCAGAACGAGACGAGUUCUGCAUCGACCCUCAAGGCCGAUUGCCUAAGGCCCGUAUAGUUCCCAGUCGCCCGUUUGCUACAACUGGUGUAGACUACUGUGGCCCGGUAUAUUUAAAACCCACCCACCGACGGGCUGCCUCCCGAAAGGCAUUCAUCGCCGUAUUUGUUUGUUUCGCCACAAAAGCAGUCCAUCUCGAGCUGGUGUGCGAUCUAUCCACGGAUGCCUUCAUAGCCGCCCUUCGCCGCUUCAUCGCCCGACGGGGAAUGCCCGCAGAAAUACAUUCCGAUAACGGGACAAACUUCCAGGGAGCAAAAAACAAAAUCGCAGGAUUAUACAACAUUUUCAGUAAUCAACGGAAUCAGGAACUAAUCGUCAAUGAAUGCAGUCGCAGUGGAAUAGAUUGGCGUUUCAUUCCCCCAAAAGCGCCGAAUUUUGGAGGACUCUGGGAAGCAGCAGUAAAAACGGCAAAACACUCACUCCUGAAAACAAUCGGUGGCACUCAGCUAUCGUUCGAGGAUUUCGCUACUGUCCUCACCCAGAUCGAGGGAAAUAUGAACACCCGCCCGCUUACUCCGCUCUCCGAGGAUCCACUGGAAUUGGAUGUUUUGACGCCAGGUCAUUUUCUCAUCGGCUCAUCGCUGGCCUGCUUACCAGAUCCGGAUUAUACCAACAUACCAGUGAACCGUUUACAUCACUACCAACUUUUGCAGAACCUUGUACAAAAUCACUGGAAUAGAUGGAGGAAGGAAUAUCUCACCGAACUUAAUAAUCAACGGAAAACGACUACAUCACCUGUUGACAUCCAGGAAAAGAAGAAGGUUAAGUUGACGGAGAAGUUGGUCUCCGGAGAGAACAUGGAUAAGCUCGUCCACCGCCGUGGCGUAGCCAAAGGUAAGGUUACUCGUAUCCUCCAUACUAUAUGCCCCGAUGAACAGGAAGUGGCUCAGCUGACAGAAGCUGAGGUUAAGGUGUAUCUGCGGAAAUUAGAAGCAGCUCAAAAGGAUUACAACGAUGUUCACGAGCGAAUAAUGGAACUAACGGCGGUCGAGGACUACGAACAACAUGACCAGCAGUAUGAAGAGUUCGACAUCCUGUACGAUAAUGUUUCUAUUAUGUUGGAGGAACAGCUCACCAGGAUCAACGCAACCGCGGCGGCUGCUGCUGCUACCACAGAGCUCACAAGGAAUGGCAAUAACCAGCAAGCACCAGUUGUAAUUCACCAACCGCUUCGCAUGCCGAUUCCCACAUUCGAUGGUCGGUACGAAAGCUGGCCAAAAUUCAAGGCCAUGUUCAAGGACCUCGUGGACAGAGGUCCAGAUCCACCAGCUGUCAAGCUAUACCAUCUGGAGAAAGCUCUGGUCGGUAGUGCAGCUGGUCUUAUUGAUGCAAAAACAAUCAAUGAGGGCAACUAUGCCCAUGCGUGGCAAAUCCUGGAAGAGCGGUACGAGAACAAGCGUCAUGCCAUAGAUUCCCACAUUCACGGUCUGCUGAAUCUUAAGCGCAUGACUAAGAAGAGUCAUUUGGAGCUACGCAAUCUGGUGGAUGAAUGCAGCAAACAUGUCGAAGGGCUGAAAUUUCUUGAACGACAGUUCGAAGGUGUUGGAGAGGAUUUCGUGAUUCAGCUUUUGGCCGCAGCGUUGCACUCUGACGUUCGUCAUCUGUGGGAGUCAUCGGUUAAUCAUGGAGAGCUCCCCGAAUACAAAAAAAUGCUGACGUUCCUGAAGGAACAGACUUUCAUACUGGAGAGAAUUGAAAUCAGCUACCAGAAGGCUACAAUUCCCGUUAAAUCUGCUUAUGCACCUAGCAAACCGCCGGGUCAAAAGGUACAUGCAACGGUUUCGUCGAGCGAGACGGAAAUAAAGUGCGAUUUCUGCGGUAAGGUACACGCAAAUCAUAACUGCGCUGAUUUCAAAUCUCUACCGGUUCCGCAAAGAUUGGUGAAAGUACGUGAGAGAAACGUUUGCUUCAACUGCCUAAGAAGAGGCCAUCGUAGUAUCGACUGUUCGUCGGACAAAUCGUGCCAGAAGUGCAAGCGUCGGCACCAUAGCCUGUUGCACGCAGAGGACAAACCUAAGGUGGCUCCGGAACCACCUGUAAUAGAGCAAGAGAAUGCACCAUCAGCAACGGUUCCGACAGUAGCAACUUGGCUACUCAUUCGCAGCAAGUGCUGUUGCUCACGGCGAAUAUUAUUGGACAGUGGUUCCCAAGUAAAUUUAAUUUCACGUUCAGCGGCUGAUCUGCUGGGAUUGAUGCUGAAUGCUUCAAAGGUCACGUUGUUCGGAGUCAAUGGCGCGAAAAUAGAAUCCGCUAGUGAUUGUGUGGUGCAUCUGUCUUCAAGGUACGCUGAUUUCCACGCAAAAAUCAAAUGCCUUGUCACCGACAAGGUCACUGCAGAUCUCCCUACGUCGGCUAUGAACAGUGCAUUAGAGAUUCCCGUUGGUGUUCAAUUGGCUGACCCGAAGUUCUUGCAUCCUAGCAAAGUGGAUAUGCUCUUGGGUAACGAAUGGUUCCUGAAGUUGUUGCUACCUGGUGAGAUUAUGUUGGCUGAGGGUCUACCCAUUUUGCGCGAGACCCAAUUUGGCUGGGUUGUUGGUGGCGUGUAUAAUGAUGGUGCGGCAUCAGAUGGAGCAGUUCACUCGCAUACAAUCACGAUGGACGAUUUAAGCCAGUCCAUUCAACGAUUUUGGGAAGUCGAAGAUGUUGCUAGUGCUGAUAAAUCGUGCAAUGAUGAGGAUGAGUGUGAAGAGCAUUUUAAGGUUACCCAUCGUAGAGAUGCGUCCGGGCGAUACAUAGUCCAGCUGCCUCUGAAGGAGUCCGUCAGCGAGCUGGGAGAUUCUAGGUCGAUGGCAUUAAAAAGGUUCCAUGGAUUGGAACGAAAAUUGUUACGGUAUCCGGACUUGAUGAAGCAGUACCAGGAAUUUAUGGUCGAGUACGAGAGUCUUGGCCACUGUGAAGAAGUUGAUGUAAACAAGGAUCCAGUAGACACCAUUAAGUGGUACUUACCACAUCAUGCUGUUCUGCGACCUUCAAAUACCACUACUAAGUGUCGUGUAGUGUUCGAUGCGUCCGCUAAGGUAUCUGGUCGAUCGCUCAACGACGUAAUGAAGAUUGGUGCUAUCAUCCAGAGCGAUUUACAGUCCAUCUCACUUCGAUUCCGUAUUCCGCUUCAUGUGUUGGCUACUGAUGUGGCCAAAAUGUAUAGGCAAGUCUUAGUCGAUCGGCGGCAUACGCCGCUAUCUCGUAUAUUCUGGAGGAAAAAUCCUUCCGAUCCCCUUCGCGUCCUAGAGCUGACAACUGUCACCUACGGCACGGCUUCUGCCCCGUUUUUAGCAACGCGGGCACUCUUGCAGCUGGCUAUCGACGAAAGCUCCAAGUACCCGCUAGCUGCAGAUAUAGUGAAGAACAGUUUUUAUGUCGAUAACGCGUUGUUCGGAUUCAACAAGUUGGAUGAAGCAAGUGAAGCUCAGGUGCAGUUGAUUCAUCUCCUUCAGGCUGGUGGAUUUCAUUUGCACAAAUGGGCAUCAAACAAUCCGGUACUGCUGGAGCGUAUUCCGGAAAAGGACCGGGACGAACUGGUCAGUAUUGAUGAAAGCGGAACAAGUGAGGUAAUCAAAACAUUAGGGCUAAUGUGGAACCCCGAUUUGGACGUUCUCCAGUACAUCUCCCUUCCAGUAGUGAGUGAAAGGGACGUAACCAAGCGACAAGCGCUCUCACUGGUAUCGAGAAUGUUUGAUCCGUUGGGACUUGUGGCACCAGUUAUCGUUGUCGGCAAACUUCUAAUGAAGAAUAUCUGGAAAGAAGAAGUGGAAUGGGAUGAAGAGCUCACGGGUGAUUUGAGGAAGAAAUUUGAUUAUUUUCUUAGUGCAUUGUGUGGUAUUACACGCCUUCGCAUCCCUCGUCAUGUGAUGGUGACUGGAGCUGCUGCUUUCGAGCUUCAUGGAUUUGGUGACGCAAGUAUGGAGGCAUACGGGGCUUGCGUGUAUAUCAGGUCAAUCGUGUCUGGUCAAGCUACGGUAGUACGGUUGCUGUGUGCCAAGUCGAAGAUUAUUCCGAAGACAGUGUUGACCAUUCCAAGAAAGGAGCUUCUAGCUGCGCUUUUGCUGCACAGAUUGGUGAGAGCAGUGAUUUCAGCAUUAGAACUGUCUUUUCGUGACAUUACACUAUGGUCGGAUAGUCAAGUGGUGCUAGCAUGGCUAGCUAAGAAUCCGGACCAUUUAGAAGUGUUUGUACGCAAUCGAAUUAGUGAAAUUACUGCGACAGGAAUGAAAUUCAAAUGGAAAUGUGUUCAUACACUGGAUAAUCCGGCCGAUGUAGUGUCACGCGGUCAAACUGCUGAUGGUCUUGAGAACAACGACCUUUGGUGGAAUGGACCGUUGUUCCUGCGCAAUGAAGAAUAUCAGGUGGUUGAUCCAGAACCGCUGUCCGAUGACGAUGUACCUGAGUUGCGGCGAUCCACUAUUGUUUCUACGACAAUGAAAUCGGAGCCGUUACCGAUUUUCCAGAAGUUCGAGUCCUUCAGGAAGCUCCAGCGAAUCCUUGCCUACGUCUUACGAUUUUGCUGGAACGCGAAGGAAAAGGUGAAGAAGAAGCGAAUCAUACAGCGGUUCCCAACUGUGUUUGAAAUGCGCCACUCCUUGAAGGUGAUUGUACGGGUGGUUCAAUUGCAACAUUUUAGUAAGGAAGCAGCCAUCAUUGAGUCCGGUGAGUACUGCAAGAGAUUUUCUAUGUUGAACCCUUUUAUGGACGAUGGAAUGAUUCGUGUCGGCGGGCGUCUUCGGCAUUCAAAUCUGCCGUAUGGCGUGAAGCAUCAGUGGGUCUUACCAAAGGAUGAUGUGAUUGUGAAACGAUUAAUUGAAGCUGUACAUCGUGAGAACCUACACAUUGGACCGCCGGCUCUUCUAGCCCAGCUUCGUCGUCACUUUUUGAUUUUGGGAGCUCGCUCUGCUGUACGUAAGGUGACAAGAAAUUGCGUGCGGUGUUUCAAAUUAAAACCUCCGUGUGCAAGCCAAUUCAUGGGGGACCUGCCGUUAGCAAGAUGCGACAAAGCUCCCGCUUUCACCAAGGUGGGCGUCGACUUUGCAAGUCCUAUGUUAAUUAAGCAGACUGGUAGAAAGGUAGCACCUGUAAAGGGAUAUGUGAGCGUAUUUGUGUGUUUGGUUACUAAGGGAAUUCACCUGGAGCUGGUUGAAGACCUGUCUGCUGAUGCAUUUAUUGCCGCAUUGUUGCGAUUUGUCUCUCGUCGUGGCGUCCCUGAGCAAAUAUUUUCCGAUAACGGGACAAACUUUAUCGGAGCCCGCAACGACUUGAUCGAACUGCACCGCCUUUUCAAGGAUCGAACCACCAAUUUGAAGUUAGAAGAAUUCUGUCAAUCCCGACAGAUUGAAUGGAAAAUGAUUCCUCCAAAUGCACCACACAUGGGAGGAAUUUGGGAGGCAGGGGUUAAAAGCAUGAAGGCAAUCUUGAAAAGAAAUUUGAAUUCAUGCCUACUUACAAUGUCUGAAUUUUCGACAUUACUCUGCCAGAUUGAGGCUCAGCUCAAUUCUCGGCCAUUAUAUGCGGCCUCCGACGACCCAUCAGAGCUUGAACCCUUGACUCCGGGACAUUUCAUGAUCGACAGACCUUUAGUUGCUAUUCCGGAGCCAAGCUACGACGGAAUUCCUGUCAAUCGGCUUUCCAGGUGGCAGUAUGUCCAGCAUUUGCGUGAGGAGUUCUGGAAACGCUGGUCUCUAGAAUAUCUGCAGGAGAUACAGAUACGACAAAAAUGGGACAAGAGAAAGGAGAACAUUAAAGCUGGAAUGGUGGUAAUCAUUCGAGACGACAACUUACCACCGCAGCAUUGGAAACUAGGAAGAGUAGAAAAAACUUACUCAGGAUCGGAUGGAUUGAUCCGUGUUGUCGAUGUCCGAACCAGGGUCGGUAUCUUGAAGCGCCCAAUUCACAAGCUGGCUCCUUUACCGAUAUUGGACAACCAGCUUCUCGCGGGGGAGGAUGUUCGGGCCGUUUAA